AUGGAAGAACUUGGAAUGCAAGAAAGACUUGACGAGGCAAUUUACCUCAUUGAACUUAACGAGCUUGUUAAAGACUUCCUCAGGCAGAAUGUAAAAGACAAGCUUGUUAACGGUUGGAUAACGGGAAGGUCUACACUUCAGCUCGAGACUUCGACUGGAAUUCAAAUACCAGACGGGACAGCCUACGAUGGCAUAAAGGACGCCAAAAGAGAAGCUCUUGUUAAGUUCCUAAACAAACGUCCUUGGAUAAAAAUACCAAACAAGGAGAACCCCCUACCCCAUAUGAAAUUGGCAAUUCAGUCUCUCCUUCACUUCUCGGGUCAACCAUUCUUUAUAACUACAGAAGGCGACAUUCAGCCAGUUCAGUAA